GUUUACAUUGCUCACUAAUAAGAAAAAAAAUUAUAUAUAAUUUUUAACUUUUUAAAUUCGAGAUUCUUCAAUAUGCACAUAUUUUAUAGGUAGCAAAAGAACACUGAUUUCUCCAUGGAAUAAGUUGCUGCUUCAAAUGUUGAUGACUCACUCAUACCACUUUGCUAGACAAUCUAAUGUCUGUAAUAUAUUGAUAGCUCUCGAAGAAAUAAUCUGGCUUUUCUUCAAUUUUAGCAAAAAAAAAAGAUAAAUACAGACAUUUGCGAAUUUUUGCUUUCAAGGUGAAAAUACGUAAUCGCAAAAAUCGCAAAUACAUUCACAAUGAAGAAAAUGUGCAUACCAAAAUCUUUAGAAUAUAAUAAAAAACCAUUGCACAUUUUUUUUGAUAUUGAUAACACUGACCCUAUGUAUUAAAUGCCUUUUUCUCUCUUUAAUGAUUCCUCCAACAAAUUGUUUUGUAGUUGCUUGUUCUCUAUUUAAUUUAUUCUUAAAACGAACAAUCAUCUCAUAUAAAAGCGAAGGCUGUACUGAGAACUCAUCUCAGUUGGAAGUGAUUUUUCUCGCGUUAAAGUCGAUGAGCUUCUGAAUUGAACGCAGAGAAUUUAAGUGGAUUUUGUGAUUUGGGGCGAAAAAAAAAUUAUGGAAAGUGUUCUCAAUGUUGGUCGAGAAGAAUAUGUGGCGUCAAAAAAACCUGGACAAUCCUACAUUAACAUCCAGCUAAGGCUUCUAUGGUAUCUGUUACAGUUUUUCUAUGUUGUAUUCAUUGGCUCUCUGCAAACCGUCUUUGAGUGGAUUUUGUAUGGGCGAAGUGAAAAGUCUUUAGAUGGGCAACUAGUGUUAGUAACAGGCGGGGGAAAUGGUCUAGGAAGGGCAAUUUGCUUAGAGCUUGCAAAGGAAAAGUGUAGCAUUGCAAUUGCUGAUGUUGAUAUCGGGGCUGCAGAGAAGACUGCUUCGGAUCUUCAGUCAUUAGGUGUUAAGGCUAAAGCAUAUAAAGUAGAUGUGGCUAAUUACCAAGAAGUUCUUGCCUUACAAUCUCAAAUCCAGAAGGAUUAUGGAUGUGUAGAUAUUCUCAUUAACAAUGCAGGAUUGGUUACAAAGCUCACCCUGUUGGAAGGAACUCCAGAGGAUGUUCAGAAGGUGAUUAAUGUGAAUAUCGUUUCGAAUUUCUGGACAACAAGAGUUUUUCUGAGGGACAUGGUAGCACAGAAGCGUGGUCACAUUGUGGGUGUAUCGUCUACAUUUGGCAUGUACCCAAGUGGUCGAUCCAUACUCUACAGCACCACUAAAUACGCCGUUCGAGGAUUUAUGUCGUGUCUAGGUGAAGAAAUUCGAAUGAACAAACUCUCAGACAAGAUUAAGACAACGUGUGUUUACCCACUCUUCAUCUCAACACGCCAAGAUCUUAUGAGUGCUUUAAUUCAAAUGAAAAUUUUUGAUAAACUUGUGGUUAUGUCGCCAAAAUAUGCAGCCCAGCAGAUUCUCAAUGCGAUCAAGAAGGAGAAGCUUCAUGCAUCAAUUCCCAGUGGUGUUUAUACGCUGUCUGGUUUACUAGCAAUUAUGCCCAGAAGAAUUCUGGAGAAGUACGUGGAUGCUAUUAUUGGAGAUCUUCCGCCGAUUUAUUAGUAACUAUUAAGAUUCUCAUUUAUUUUAAUGAACACAAAGCAUCGUCAUCUUCUCAUUCCUAUUUGUGUCCACUGUAUUCAUAAACCUAUUCGCAAUAUCACGCAAAGAAGUCUUACAAACUAUUUGAAUGUAAAUUGUUAUUGUAUGUUGAAAACUCAUGAUUUUAUAAAUAAAUUCUGAUUUAUUGUUUUUUUUUUU